GGAGACGGAGGUUGUGGUUAGUGCUGCGGGCGGGUGAGGCCGGAGGCUCUAGCCAAAGGUGCAGGUUGGGGACAUGGCAUCCGGCUAUGGCACAUACUCAGACGAAUGGAAGAGAAGAGCAGCAAAAAUUGAAUUGAAUGAAAUUCAAAAGCAACAGAUUAAAGAUGUCUUUGAUUUAUUUGAUGCUGAUGGGUCUGGAACCAUAGAUAUGAAACAACUUAAGAUUGUAAUUCAGACCUUUGGAUUUGAACUAAAAGCAGAAGAAAUUAAACAAAUAUCUGAGCUCAUCAAGGGAGGAAUUGACACCAUUGGUUUUGAAGACUUUUCUGCUAUUAUGAGUGUAAAAAUGAGUGAAAAGGAUGAUAAAGAAGAAAUGUUGAAGGCUUUCAAAUUAUUUGAUGAUGAUAAUACAGGGUACAUAACACUAAACACUAUCAAGAGGGUCGCCAAGGAAUUAGGGGAAAAUUUAACAGAUGAUGAACUUAAGGAAAUGUUUGAUGAAGCUGAUAAUGAUAGAGAUGGAGGAAUUAAUGAGGAAGAAUUUUUGAGAAUGAUGAAGAAGACUGCUCUUUAUUAA